AUGAUAGGGUGGGAAGAUAUAUACAAAGUGGUGGGGUCGAUGGUGCCGUUGUACGUGCCGCUCGGGUUGGGUUAUGCAUCCGUGCGUUGGUGGAGGAUGUUCAAGCCCAAGCACUGCGACGUCAUCAACCGUUUGAAUUGCUAUUUCGUCCUCCCUUUCUUCACCUUCCAUUUCUCGUCCGGCAUCGAUCCCUACCGCCUCAACUACCGAUUCCUGGCGGGGGACGUCGUGGCCAAAGCCAUCGCAGGUGCUAUUCUAGCCCUGUGGGCCACCAUAUGGAGAUCAAACAACUUCCCAUGGGUGAUUACAUCAUUUUCCCUCUCCAGCCUCAACAACCCGUUGGUGGUGGGAGUUCCAGUGUUGCGUGCAAUGUAUGGGUCAGUGGGGGAGGAUCUCGCUGUCCAAUCCUCUAUCAUGCAAUCUUUCCUCUGGUUUCCGACUCUUUUAUUCAUGCUCCAAAUCAAUCAUGAACAACAACGUCAAAAUAGCGACCACGAAAAUCAAAUCGGUGACAGUGACAAAAAUAACGACGAUGGUGCAACAAACGUGGCAGAGUGCACGACUAUAAAUUCUUCGUUGACUAGGACUACUAGUGUGGGAUCAAGCAUGACCAAAGUUUUGGCAAAGCUUGCCAAGAAUCCCAAUUGUUAUGCUUGUGCUCUUGGACUCAUUUGGGCUCUCCUUGCCAAAAGGUGGAAUUUCGAUAUGCCGGAAAUAGUAGAAGGAUCAGUUUUGAUUAUGGCCAAGGCAGGGAGUGGUGUGGCCAUGUUCACCAUGGGGCUAUUCAUGGCACUGCAAGAGAAGGUGAUAGCUUGUGGUGUGAAAUUGGGUUUGUAUGGGAUGGUUCUAAGGUUUGUAGGUGGGCCACUCACCACAGCAAUGGGCUCCUUCGCUUUAGGAUUGAGGUCAAAUAUCCUUCGUAUGGCCAUCAUCCAGGCCGCUCUUCCUGAGGCAAUAACAGCAUUCGUUUAUGCACAAGAAUAUGGGUUGCACGCCAACGUACUCAGCACCGCGGUUAUUUUCGGCACAAUCGUAUCCCUUCCACUCUUGAUCGCCUUUUAUGCCGUCUUGGAAGUUAUCCAUAUAUGA